CAUACGUAAGACCAACCGGAAUAUACUACACGUCCCCCCCCUGCUCAACUCUACGCAAUUUUGGCUUUAACUCGAAUAUUUGGUGCUGCUAACUCCCGCAAACAGAUAGGCUAAUGGUUACUCCAAAAAUGGCAAGUCGUCCAGUAACUAAAAGAAUCUUGAAACCGGUUAUAGAGAAGAAACGGAGAGAUCGGAUUAACCAGCGUUUAGAAGAGCUGCGAACGCUUCUGCUGGAUAACACUCUCGACUCGCGACUACAAAAUCCUAAACUGGAGAAGGCUGAAAUUCUGGAAUUAACCGUUGAAUACAUCAAGAAAAAAGCAAAAGGUGCGAGGGAAAGUCAAGAAGAUUCUAACAGGUCCUCAGGCCCACAUAAUGCUAACCCUCCUACUCUGCUCUCUGGAAGAUCCCGUGUACCAUUUGCUUCGGUCCACGAGCCUGUCAAUGCCCAGACACAGAUACCCUCAAAUCCAAUCUACAAAGCUGGUUUUAAGGAGUGCGUCUCUCGCCUGGCCAGCUUCAUUGACUGCGUAGAGCCUUCUCAGCAAGACAGCUUCGUUCAGGGGCUGUGCCACCACCUUGACUCUUACAGCAGUGCUCUUCCUCAGGCCAGGAUUUUUGGUCAGGCUGCCCAACAUCCUUGGAUCCCAAGUGCAGAGUUAACGUGCAGGACGGACUUGCCUGCAAUUGGACACACAAGAGCCAACAAUGAGUCUUUUUCCUACACCAACAGUUUGUAUCCCAGUUCUUUCAUGCUUCACCACCCUCAUCCCACAGGACAGCCCAUGACACACCCCUACCUCUCUCCACCAUACUCCAUCUCUCCUCCACCCUCUCCUUGUUACUCAAGCAGCUCUCCCCAUUUCUCCAGCUCUCCCACAUACCUCUCUGUACCCUGCCACUUCCCUUUCCCUCCUACCAUCUCCCCGCACUCCACUGACUCUUCAUCGUCAUCGGGUUCUCUUAGCAUCUCACCCCCUGCAGCGCCAGUAGUCCCAGGACCACAUCUUCAGGCCUCCUUGGGCUCCCAAACACAAGUGCGAACCAAUGGCUCAGUGCCCUCCUGCCAACCCCGGACUCUAAGACGAGCUCUAUUCCAGAACCAGACACGGUCUGUCUGGAGGCCCUGGUGAGAAAACAAAAAACAAAAAAUGUGACUCAAAACUUGGCAGUAAAAUACAGAGCAUUGUUCUCUCGGUUUCCAUCAGAUUUUUGUGACAGUGACUGGGCUUUUCUUCCCAGUCUUCUUGGUAUUAUCAGGAUGGGAGUGUUCUUUGCACCUCAAUGAGUGACAUAAGGUGAGAGAGUAAUAUUAGGAGGUCUGUGCUAAUCACCAGUCACACAAUGUCAGAGGCUUCUAUAAAAGACACAGCUGUUCUCAAUGUUUAUAGGUGCAUUCUGAAAUCGUUGUACAUGCCACUGUCACAUUCCUUCUUGUACUGCAAACCAUCUUC